UCUAACAAAUCAGUCCGUGCCUGUGAAGCAGUACUGCGGAUCGCGACUGUCAGUUCACUCAUGCUGCGCACACGAUCUCUGGCUGCUGACUCCUGUAUCUAGGGGCACUCUCGUGCGAUACUGCCCGUGGGAAUAUAUAAACCGCAAACAUGUCACGGCAUCACAGGACGCCGUUGAAAAACGAGGAGAGCGUGGUGGAGGUGAAGAGCAAAUUUGAGGCAGAGUACCGCAGGUUUGCCCUGAAGAGGAACGGAGCCGGGGGCUUCCAGGAAUUCUACCAAUUGCUGCAGACCAUUCACCGGAUCCCCGGAGUGGAUGUGCUGCUGGGAUACGCUGACAUUCAUGGAGAUCUACUUCCAAUCAACAAUGAUGACAACUUCCACAAAGCACUGUCCUCGGCCAAUCCCCUGCUCCGAAUUAUCAUUCAAAAGAGAGAUGUAGAAGACAUCGUGCCCUUCCCAACAGGCUCUCUUCAGAGAAGAAAAAAGGGUCUAGGUGGUCUGCAUCAACCAAAGCAGAAGUCCAAAUCAGCGCUGCUCAUUGGCCUUCCGCAGGAUUUCCGGCAGAUCUCUUCUAUCAUAGAUGUGGACAUCUUACCCGAGACGCAUCUCCGUGUGCGUCUGCACAAGCACGGCACCAACAAACCCCUCGGCUUCUACAUCCGCGACGGCGUCAGCGUCCGCAUCACUCCCCAAGGGGUGGAAAAAGUUCCCGGCGUCUUCAUCUCCCGCCUCGUGAAAGGCGGUUUAGCAGAGAGCACAGGAUUGCUAGGAGUCAACGACGAGAUCCUCGAGGUGAACGGUAUCGAUGUGGCAGGUAAAUCACUGGACCAGGUCACCGACAUGAUGGUGGCUAACAGCCACAACCUUAUCGUGACAGUGAAACCUGCCAAUCAGCGCAACAACACGAUGCACCGUGCGAGUAAAACGUCUGCCGGCAACAGUUCCGCUGGCUCGGGAGGCUCCGCCCUCUCUCAUGACUCCGCCCCCAGCCCCGCCUCACAGAAUGCCAGCCAAUACAGUAACAGCAACAGUGUGGCGGAGGGCGACAGUGAUGAUGAUACUGAUCUCAUCAUUGAGAACGACAACCUGUCAACGUACAUGCCACACCGUAUGACUAAUGGCAACGGCAGCCACACUAACGCCCUGUCGUCAGGUGCAUUUGCACACAGGCCCCUCCCACAAAGUGUUUCCUUGCCCAGUAGCAGCUCUUUAAGCUCCCUGACUACACCCACACAUAACGGCAGCCCCACCAAGACAAGCAGUAGCCAAGAAAGCAUGAGAGAGGAUGGUAACUUCAUUACGUUGUGAGCUACAGUAGGUUUCACACCACAGUAUGCACAUUUAUAAGAAAAUGAAGGAACUAUUAUAUUAUCAACUGUCAUUUUUCAGUCAUUACUAUCACAAAACAACAAUCUAUUCACAAUGAAUGAGGACCCUCGGCCUAAAACACACGGGUUGCACAAUCUAGCCAGUGUGUGAGGGCAUGUGGCUGUCACUGUAUGGAAGUGCCUUAUGGCUCUCCACUCUUCUCGCCUUAGUUGUUUUUCUUCUUUUGGGACGAAUUGACCAUAUUCAUCUCUGUUGACUCCGAGGACAGUCGAACUAAAGUGUGCUAGCUACUACUGGGGUGCCUAACGUUAUCAAUUGCACCUCUGAGGAUGCGAGAGACGAACAAAUCGCUUCUGUGGAAAUGAUGCGUGUCUUGUUUUUGAAUUCAUCUCGAUUUUUAUGAUGAUGGAAGAAGAGGAGGAGGAAAAUAUAAGAGUGUUAAACCGGAUCUGAUCAGUGUUGUUUAUGCUUGUUUGCUCAUCUCACCUCAUUCUGAUGCUGAUCGUGGUUUCUGAUACUGAAAAAAGUCUACCAAAAUGUGAUUUUAAAGUGUUGUUAUUUGCAAUCAAGUCAAGUGUUUAUUAAUUGCCUUUUUAAUAUCUCAAAAAUGUGCAGCGUGAAGAUCAUCGUUAAGAUCAUUCCCAAUAUGACAACAUUUUAACAUGUUUUUUUACUUCUGUCACUCGAUUGUUUGUUCAAAAGCCAUUUAUAAGUAGAGCUGCAUGGUUUUGGAUUAAUUGAGAAUCAAUUUUUGUUUCAAACAGAGAUCAUGAUUCCGCCACGAUUCUGAACUAAGCAAAAUAACAUAAUUUAUUAGAAGCUGUGGCAAAAUAUGAAUUGCUGCAGUCUAUUCAAAAAGGUUUUAUUAAUUUGAAUGAUAUUUAAACAAAAAAAAUUGUUUGAAUGAAUGUGUGACUCGCUUAUAAAUACUUUACUUCCCUUAUGAAAAAGAACCAUAGUUUUACUACAAAUAAAACUAAAAAACCUAGAGUUAAACCUUGGUAACCACAAAUUAACCAUGGUAAAUAACUUGUGAUUAACUUGCUACACUAACCAUAGUUUAACCAUGGUAUUUAUAGUAAAACUAUAGCUACACAAAUGGUAAUCAGUGCGCCAAAAACCCAUGGUUAAUAUACUUUUACUAUAAAAACUAUGGUUAAUUUUCAUAAGGGUUGUUUCAUUACUGAAUGAAUCUCUUGAAUGAAUGAUUCAAUGACUCACUCAUAAAUACUUAACUUGUUUUAUUACUGAAUGAAUCGGCCUUUUUCAAUGAAUCUUUUUAAUGAACGAUUCAGGGACUCACUCAUAAAUACUUCACUUGUUUCAUUACUGAAUGAAUCAGCAUUUUUGAAAUCACUUGAAUGGAUGAUUCAAUGACUCACUCAUAACUACUUCACUUGUUUCAUUACUAAUUGAAUCAGUCUUUUUAAAUGAAUCUGUUGAAUGAACAAUUCAGUGACUCACUCAUUAAUACUUGUUUCAUUACUGAAUGCAUCAGCGUUUUUAAAUGAAUCUCUUGAAUGAACGAUUCAGUGACUCACUCAUAAAUACUUCACUUGUAUCAUUAUUGAAGGCAUCAGCAAUUUUGAAAGAAUCUCUUAAAUUAACGAUUCAAUGAAAAUUACAUUUUUAACAGUCACUUGUCACCACCUAGUGGCAAAACAAUGUAAUCAACAUUGUAAUCAACAAAUCUUAUUAAAAGUGCCAAUUUGAAGUGAAAAUUACUUGCAGCAGAUGAUUUCCUGCAUUUUGAUCGCUACAAUAGUGAUCAGUGUUUAUAUCAUAACUAUAAAUGUUUGAAAAAAACUCCUUGUGAAGCUGUUUCAUACCUAAACAUAAUAACUGGUCUCAUAGUUUCUGAAUGUUCAAGUAUGACUUUAUCCAAGGUUUAAGAGACACAGAUGAAACAUUGUCAUUUAAAAAUAAGACCGCGUGGGUGAUUGAAUCGAGAUUGUGCAGCUCUACUCCCAAGUUGGCUUAAUUUUCACAUUCAUAUCUCUGAUGUCAAAAAAGCUCAUUUCCAAGAAAAUGCAAACUUCUUUUUAGGUUCCUCUUCUGUCUAAUGUUACAUUAAAAGUUUAAUUCACCCAAAAUUAAAAAUUCUUGGAAAUGUACUCACUCUCAUGUCAUUCCAAACCCGUUUGACUUUCUUCUGUGGAACACAAAAAAGAUAUUUUCCGUUACCCAGUAAUUUGAACUUGGUCAUCAGGGAAAAAAAAUUAAACUGGUAUUGAACAACAUGAGGCGAGUAACCAAAUUUAGAGUUUUGGGUGAACUUUGCUUUUAAGGUUUAUAAAAUGGUUUGAAUUUUGCAUUUUAUUGAUAAAAAGCUUUCUUGCACAGGUUCUUUCUUUUUGAAGGAUGACAACCCGUUUUUCCCUCUUUGUUUUUAGUUUUUCUCCCCCUCUGGAAAAACAGGAAUCUAUAUACUUAACUGGCACCACUGCGGCGUAUCUUCAGAAAGACUUGACCUCUUAUUGACUCAGUUUGUCCAUUCUCCUGUGUGCUCUGUUUUUCUGUAAAGAGAGUGAGAGGAAAAAAAAGGAAAUUCCUUUCAUGUUUGGAAAGGCCAGAAUUCUGCACAUUGGGACCUUUUUCACACAGUCCACUCCUGAUGGCCAAAGCUGUGAGGGUUUCUUAGCCAUGAUUAGUGUGUGCGCUCAUAUUUUUAAAGUAUAACCUUACAGAAACGGCACUGAGGUGGACACUGUCAGUCUUGGAGUCAAAUAUUGGUUUCUCUAAUGUCCAACAGACCCGAGCGCUGUUUUCAGGCAACGAGCUCCCAGGUGAAUGCUUGUUUAGACUCUGGAGAUACCGGCCUCGGGACGUCGAGCGCUUCAAAGGCUGUCUAUCAAACCAAGAAGUGCCCGUGAUGGACAAAGAACGGCUUUUAUCAUGAAAAUGAAGAUGUUACUAAUACAUUUGUUUUUUUUUUUAUCAUUCCGAAUAUUUUGAAGGAGAUCUCAAGAUUUCAGUUAGAAGCAGGUGCCAGUAAAAAUAAUCAGCCAGUGUUUCCGUGUCAUAACUGAUGGGCGUGAUUCAUUAAGGUGUAGCCUCAUCUGCUCAGCAUUAUCUGGUUUAACUCGAUCAGCAAAAAAAUGAGGUGUUACUUUGCCACAAAACUGAUAUUUAUCAAGGUAGCCUUGGGUCUGAAAGAGAAUGUAGUUUAUUUGAACAGGUCUAGACGUAACAUCUGCACAACUGACGCUCUGACUCAUUGCCUCGGGUUUUCACAGCAACAUUGUUACACGCAGACGGCGAGGGCAAGCGAAACCGGAGGACGAUUUGAAACGUAUAGCAAGAGACAUCUGGAGAAGUGAACUGUCACUUUGUUUUGUUAUCUGUAUUUAAUUUAAUAUGUUUUAUUGGCAUACUCUAGAUGGAGAGAGUAAGCACUGAAUUUUAAACAGAAAGUGAUGGGAUGUAGAACAGCACAUAACUGGAGCACCAAUAAUAUUGCAUUAUUAUUAUUUUUUUCUUGUAUGUCAGUGUAUAUGUAUAAAUAGAAAUAUGAAACGACGGACACUUUUGUACACUAGGAGCCCUUUUUAUAAAAAAGAGCAUUUUAUAUAUGUGUAAAAUAUGGAAAGUAUUUUUCUUAUUCUUGUACUUUUGUAUGUAUAUUAGAAUUCUGGAGCGGAGGUUUCUAUUUCUUUUGAGUAUCACAAAAGUAAAUCUUUAGAUGCUUGUGUUUUUAUUAUAAUCAGAUGGGUCAAGGUGUACAAUACUGUGAAUGUUAUAAGCUGAUUAUAAAAUGUUCUAUCAAGAUAAUAAAAGUAUUUAAAAUUGA